AUGUCUUCCCCAAAGACGCAGAUCAUCGGUUAUGCCCAACCUUGGAUUGUUUCCCCGGGAGAACCGGUGGACAUCAAAGUUUCGAGCACCGAGAAAGAGUACUCCCACCGUUUAGUGCGUCUCGUGCAGGGGCAUAGCGGCGAUCAUGCUCCCCCCGUGGUAGUGGAGGAGAUCACGGAAGUCCCCGCUGGCCAUCGCAAUGACGGCUAUUAUCAAGAUGCUUGCCCAGGAUCCUAUGCUCAGAUUCCAUCCUGGGCAGAUGUUACACCCGCAGAGGAUGAGGGCUUCGAACUAGAGUUCCAUGCCCAACCCUACUUGCUAGAUGUCAACUACUAUUGCCAAACCCUUGUCUCGUGUCUGAACCCAUCUUCUCGAACGGGUUUCGCGGUGGUCUUGAAGAACUCCAAGCUCCAGUUUCUGAUCGGCACAGGCGACAAAAUCGAGGUCAUUGAGAGCCAACUUCUUGUGAAUCGCUGGCGAUGGCUACGAAUCCGCAUCAGCAUCGUAGACCGGAAGAUCACCUCGGAAAUCCAUCAGUUAAACCGUCUGGCCGAAAAGGCUCCCGCCGGGGAGGCAACAAAAAAUGAUCUGUCGGCGCCCAUGGUCUUGGGAUCCAAUGCCUUGUUGUUUGGUGCAGGAAUGUUCAAAGAUACUGAAAAGUCAAGCCCAAAGCCAUCAUGCUUCUACAAUGGGCGGAUUGACUCUCCUUCCUUCACCCUUGCAGGCUCAUCGCCACGAACUGUCGCCCAAUAUGACUUCGCUAAAGGAAUUUCCAGCGACUCGGUCCUGGACGUCUCUGGAAACGAUCACCACGGUGUCUUAAUCAAUGCACCUACACGAGCUGUCAAGGGAUACAACUGGGAUGGCUCUGAGCCCGACUGGACCAAAGCCUCGUAUGGGUACGGGGCGAUUCAUUUCCAUGAAGAUGAUUUGGACGAUGCGAAAUGGGCGACAAACUUCUCCAUUAAAAUCCCAUCCACGGCCCGCUCAGGUGCAUAUGCCGUGGAAGUUCAGUGCUCAAACGGGGUACGCGAUAUGAUCACUUUCUUCGUCCGACCGAAUGAAAGCUCCAAGGCUCAGGUCGCUCUGGUUCUCACAACAUUCACAUACCUCGCAUAUGCCAAUGAGAGAAUGUUCGAUCAGAGCAGAUCCUCAGCAAUGACGACUCCCGAUGGAGUCAGCAUUGGUCAAGGCAAUGAGUAUUAUGAGAACUUGGAUGCACGACCAGAUCUAGGCCUCUCGGCCUACGAUGUACACACAGACGGCUCCCCCUGUGCAUUCUCCAGUGCUCUCCGACCAAUCCUCAAUGUUCGACCAGGAUACGUUCACUGGGCCCUGGACCGGCCUCGCGAAUUCAGUGCUGACCUUUUCAUGAUCGGCUUCCUGGAACGUUCCGGUAUUCCGUACGAUGUGAUCACCGAUCAUUGCUUGAACAGCAGAGGUGUAGAGGCAGCAUCCCAAUACACCACUCUCAUCACUGGCUGUCACCCUGAGUACCAUUCAUUGCAAACUCUGGACGCCUUUGGUGCAUUUGCCAAGUCAGGUGGCAACAUGAUGUACCUGGGCGGCAACGGAUUCUAUUGGGUCGCUGAUGUAGAUAACGCACGCUCUCAUCGCCUUGAGGUUCGGAAAGGUGAUCAAGGAUGUCGAUCAGUCACCUUCCCCGCCGGCGAGCGGAUGCAUAGUCUCACUGGAACUCAAGGAGGUCUUUGGCGGAGCCGCGGUCGGGCUCCCAACUACCUCUGGGGCAUUGGGCCCUGCGCGUUCGGUACAGGAAAAGGAAAGCCCUAUGUGGCCAAUUCGAAAUAUGCGCAGGAUGCCCGGUUUGCCUGGAUUUUCGAUGGCGUCAGUCCCAAUGAAUUGAUUGGUGAAAACGGAUUUGGUGGUGGAGCCAGUGGUGAUGAGAUCGAUCGCCUGGAUAACGCGCUUGGGACACCAUCUGAUGCGGUUCUACUGGCGAGAAGUCAACAGCACGAUGACAGCUUUGGGCUUUUCAAUGAAGACUCGAUGUUUCCCAUGGUGAAUACUCUGGGCUCAAACUGUGAUCUAGUCCGAAGCGACCUGGUAUAUUAUGAUACCGCAGGAGGUGGUGCAGUGUUUUCUGUUGGUAGUAUCAACUGGUACUGCAGCAUGGCAUGGGAUAACUACAGCAACAAUGUAGCCAAAAUGACCGGGAAUGUCCUGAGAGAGUUUUUGAAGAGAGGAAGGGGUCACGGUAUUUAA